AGGAGAAAUCAGCAAAGAAGCUAUUUUCCUUUUUCUAGAGCAGAGAGAGAAGGAAUGGAGAAUUGUUAUACUCAGCAGAGAAGAUUUCUUAUUUCUGUCUUUCUUUUAAAUGUAUUAAUAUAUUGGGGAGGAUAUUGGAAGGUGAGUGGUUGCUUCGAUUCCGAGAGAAAAGCUCUCACCGCCUUUCGGAAGUCUCUCAAUGAUUCCUUCAAUAUUCUCUCUUCAUGGGAUGAUGAUGCCUCCAACUGCUGUAAUUGGAGAGGAAUUACCUGCCACAACAUAACUGGGUACGUUGUUAAACUCGACCUCUACGCUGAUAACUACAGUCUAAGUGGCAGAAUUGAUCCAGCUCUGGUUCAACUGAAGCAUCUUCAGUUCUUGGACUUGAGCGGUAAUGAUUUUAAUGGCGCACCAAUUCCAGAUUUCCUGGGUUCAACGAAGGAGUUGAGGCAUUUGAACUUGUCAGACGCAGAAUUCGGCGGGAGAAUCCCUCAUCAGCUUGGAAACCUCACCAAACUCAUUUCCCUGAAGCUUUCUUCAUUUUCUUUGAGUACCAAAAACCUUUGGUGGUUGACAAGCCUACCUUCUCUCAAUUACCUCGACAUGUCUUAUGUGAACCUUUCCAUGGCAAGCCAUGAUUGGGUGCACGUAAUGAACACCUCUCCUUCCCUCGUUGAGCUGCGCUUACACCUUUGUGGUCUUUCAUAUAUUUCUCCAACUCUUCCUUCUGUUAAUUUCACAUCUCUCCGUGUCCUUUGUUUCUCUUUGAACAACUUCAACUCUACCAUUCCAAACUGGAUAGCUAACGUUAGUAGGCUCGUGUCCUUGGAUCUCUCAUAUAACAACUUUCAUGGUGAGGUUCCUUAUCGAUUUUCACAACUUCCUAACUUGGAAGAGUUGGGGUUGGGAUCAACUGAUGAUAACCUCAGGGUUGAUUGGUCAGAGUUCCUUGAAGGCAGCUGGAGGAAGCUGAAGAUACUUCAUCUAUCUUUCAGUCAGCUGCAUGGAGGAAUCCCCAACUCUAUUGGGAAUAUUAUCUCACUUGAGUCUCUCUCUUUGUCAUUCAGUGAGAAUAUAACGGGUAGCAUUCCAAGAGCCAUAACUAAGCUUAUCAAUUUAGAGAUCCUGUCAUUGUACGGAUACCAAAUGCAUGCGGCCAUUCCUGAUUGCUUAUAUGAGCUAAAAAAUCUUAAAAGCCUUUCUCUAUCCGAUUGCAUGCUGACAGGCCCAAUCCCUGCAGCUCGUCUUGGAGGAUUGUCUUCCUUAGAAGAACUAGAUCUCUCAGGGAAUCAGUUGAAUGGGAAUAUCCCUGCAGCUCUUGGAGGAUUGUCUUCCUUGCUAUAUUUAUCUCUCCGUGGGAAUCAGUUGAAUGGGAAUAUCCCUGCUUCUCUUGGAGGAUUGUCUUCCUUGGAAGAAUUAAUUCUCUCGGGGAAUCAGUUGAAUGGAAAUAUCCCUGCAGCUCUUGGAGGAUUGUCUUCCUUGGAAUAUUUAGACCUUUCAGUGAAUCAGUUGAAUGGGAAUAUCCCUGCAGCUCUUGGAGGAUUGUCUUCCUUGCUAUAUUUAUCUCUCCGUGGGAAUCAGUUGAAUGGGAAUAUCCCUGCUUCUCUUGGAGGAUUGUCUUCCUUGGAAGAAUUAUUUCUCUCGAGGAAUCAGUUGAAUGGAAAUAUCCCUGCAGCUCUUGGAGGAUUGUCUUCCUUACGAGAUUUAUCUCUCCGUGGGAAUCAGUUGAAUGGGACAAUCCCAACAACUUUAGGACAACUUUCUAACUUGUAUUGGCUUGACCUCUCUCACAACUCCUUGACAGGAAACGUGUCUGAAAGUGUUUUUGAAAACCUCAAAAAGUUGAGGUACUUAAUUUUGUCUUCCAAUUCUUUGGUUUUUGAUCCACACUCUGAUUGGGCCCCUCCAUUUCAGCUUUCCCAUAUUUACUUAGGAUCAUGUCAUUUAGGUCCUCGAUUUCCUCCGUGGCUACGAACACAAAAAUACGUAGAGAUUUUGGAUCUCUCUAACACAACCAUCUCUGGCGUCAUCCCCACCUGGUUUUGGGAUUUAACACCCCAACUUCUUUUCCUACGCCUUUCAAAUAACCAGAUUUUUGGCCAAUUGCCCAGCCCUUUAAAAAUGCAUCCUCAGGCCUCCAUUGAUUUGAGUUUGAAUCAUUUCAAUGGUCCCAUACCCUGCAUAUUGAAUGGAGCCAGAGUACUUGAUCUCUCCAACAAUCAAUUUUCUGGGCCAAUCCCACCCAAUUUUACAUCCACAAUGCAGUAUUUGGAAAUCUUUUCUGCCAAAGGUAACCAAAUCAGUGGCAUGAUUCCCUCAUUCAUUGAAGGAAUGAAUUCCUUAACUGUCCUUGAUCUUUCCCGUAACAAUAUUGGUGGUAUCAUUCCAUUGAGUUUGGGUAAUUGCGUAGCACUUGAGGCACUUGAUUUGAGCAAGAACAGGUUAUCCGGAGGAAUACCCAUGUCUUUGGGUCUAUUACGUCAACUCCAAUCAAUGCACCUGAGCAACAAUAACCUAUCAGGAGAAAUCCCUUCAUCUUUGAAGAAAUGUACUAGUUUGGAGACUCUCGACCUUGGACACAACAAUUUCUCAGGUUAUAUUCCCACUUGGAUUGGAAAAAGCUUUUCAGCUUUAAGAAUUAUGAGUUUACGAUCAAAUAUGUUUACUGGCAACAUCCCGGCACAAAUGUCAAACCUGACUUCUCUUCAGAUCCUCGAUGUGGGACAAAAUUGUUUAUCUGGUUCAAUUCCCAAAGUUUUGAAGAUCUCAUGGCCAUGAAGAGGAC